ACGCAGCUGGAGAGCCACACGUUUCCCUCCUUCCCUACAUAAAACACAAGUACAGUAAUAAUGCUCUAGAUGCGAGACCUUUGUGAGCACACACAUUUUUCUACGGGUACAUUGUCUUGAGAAUUCUGGCAGGAAUGUAAAGAGUCUCAAUCAACUGAGUUGGGAACUGCUGGAAGGAGAGGGUGGGAAAAGACAAACUUCUCUAACAGCGAUUUUGGAUACGAUUUUAAAAGGGAAGUUUUUUGAGCGCAAGGUUGGCAACCGCGAAGCGCGAGACAAAUCUACACCUGGCAGGGCGAACAAAAUAAACGUUAAAUGCUAAACUGUCCUCGCGCACCAGGUGACAGGGUAAUGCGAGGCGCACCAUGGACGGCCAGUCCCAGUCCCAGACCAGUUCAGCCGCGGAGAAGAAGAAGAGGCUGGAGAGCAUCGUGGGAAGCCGACGGUCCUCCGGCCGGGCCGAUGUGAGCGAGAAGGCCGUGGCCUCCAGCACCACCUCCAACGAAGAUGGGAGCCCUGGGCGCCAGCACCACAGAGAGAGACGCAACGCCAUCACCACCGCCGCCGCCGCCGCCAACAUCGGCAAACCGUGCCAGGAGCCGCCCACCGCCGCCAUCGAGGAGCGCCCCCUGCUGGUGAAGACGGAAGCGCACGGCUCACUGCCCCAUGUGGCUGACUACGCCCUGCCCUGCCGCGGGAUGCUCUUCCCCGUGGACCCCCGGAACGGAUACCUGGAGGCCCAGUACUCCACGCCUGCCUUCUUCCCGCCGUUCCAGCCGCCGGUGCCCAUCGAUGACCGGCACGCCCAAGGGCGCUACAUCUACGAGCCGCCGCUGCACAUACCCUCUCCUCUGUCGGGCAGUCCCUUCUCGGACAUCUCCCUCAUCCGGAUCUCGCCCCACCGGAGCCCCUCGGCUGGGGGGGGGGAGUCCCCGUUCAGCGUGACGCACCCCUACGCCGGGCCCUACAUGGAUUACCUCCACUCCCUCCACAGAAGCCCCUCCCUCUCCGUCAUCUCCGCCGCCCGGGGGCUGAGCCCGCCUGACGCUUCCCACGUUGCCAUGACCGCAGCGGAGUACUACCACCAGAUGGCGCUGCUGGCGGGGCACCGCAGCCCCUACGCUGACCUCAUCCCGCCCGUGGGGCUGACGGCGGCGGCGGUGGCGGCCGGGACGGGCGCCCUGCACAUGGAGCACCUGCACGCUGCCGAGGCAGGGUGCCAGUUCCCCGGCCCCCGGAUGGCGCCCCGCCCCAGCCGCAAGCGGGCCCUGCCCGUCUCCCCCCUGUCGGAGCACAGCUUCAACCUGCAGUCCGUCAUCCGCAGCUCGCCCAACUCGCUGGCCAGCAUCCUCAACAGCUCCCGCUCCAGCUCCUCCGGCAGCGGCUCCUACGGCCACCUGUCCGCCGGCGCCCUCAGCCCGGCCCUGAGUUUGGCUUUCCCCCCGUCUCCCUUGGCGAUGCAUCACCCGCACAGGAUUGGACGGCCGCCGGGGAUCAUGGGCGCGGCCUUUGGCCACAGCCCGCCCCUCAUCCACCCCACCCCCACUUUUGUUGCCCAGCAACCGCUCCCAGUAGCACCCCCUGGGCUGGGGUGCACAGAAAGUGGAGCGAUCACCUCCGACUCCUCACAGAACAAGCCCACAAGUGAGUCAGCUGUGAGCAGCACAGGGGACCCCAGGCAGCACAAGCGCCCAAAGACCAGGCCUGAGGAUCAGCCGUCCAGCCCCGAACCAGGAAGUCUGCAGCAGGACCAGGAGGACCAGGGCGUAGUGCCGGGCGUGACGCUGGUGAAGGAGGAAGGGGAGCAGGAGGAGGGGAAGCAGGAGCCCGAGGCCGUCUACGAGACCAACUGCCACUGGGAGGCCUGCUGCAGGGAGUUCGACACCCAGGAGCAGCUGGUGCACCACAUAAACAGCGAGCACAUCCACGGGGAGAGGAAGGAGUUUGUGUGCCGCUGGGAGGAAUGCUCUCGGGAGCAGAAGCCCUUCAAGGCGCAGUACAUGCUGGUGGUGCACAUGCGCAGGCACACCGGCGAGAAGCCGCACAAGUGCACGUUUGAGGGCUGUGUGAAGGCGUACUCUCGGCUGGAGAACCUGAAGACUCACCUGCGCUCCCACACCGGAGAGAAGCCCUACGUCUGCGAGCACGAGGGCUGCAACAAGGCCUUCUCCAACGCCUCCGACCGCGCCAAGCACCAGAACCGCACACACUCCAACGAGAAGCCCUACAUCUGCAAGAUCCCGGGCUGCACCAAGCGCUACACGGACCCCAGCUCCCUGCGCAAGCACGUCAAGACCGUGCACGGGCCCGAGGCCCACGUGACCAAGAAACGGGGCGACGCCCACCCCCGCCCCCCGGCGCAGCCCCGGGACCCCGGCGGCCACGGCCAGGGCAGGCCCCCGGGGCAGGCUCCCCACGGGGGGGUCCCUGACCGAGGGGACUGCAACCGCGCCGCCUCCGAGGACGCCUGCGUGAGGGCGGUGAAGACUGAGAAACCUGCGGCAUCUCAGCCUAGCCCUGGCGGUCAGUCUACACACAGCAGUGGCCAGUCCCCCCUGAGCGCCCACUCCGGUAGCGAGGUCCAGCUCUCCCUAAGGUGGUGCCCCGUGGGUGAAGAGGAGGAGGAGGAUGAGGGUGAUGAAGAAGCUCCCAUAAUGGACUCCACCGUGUCAACCGGCACCCUGGCCCUGCGUGGCCGUGGAAACGCUGCCCCUCUGCGGUGGGUGGAACACAUCAAGGUGGAGCGGCUGAAGCAGGUGAACGGCAGCCUGCCCCGCCUGAGCCCCACGGCGCCCCCUGGAGGCCCCGUGCUGCCGCCCAUCACAGGGGGAAGGGGCAGCUACGGGGGAGUGUCCCUGCGGCCGGAGCUGUCGGGGACGGACGUGACGGUGCUGAGCCUGCUGAAGGAGCGCCGGGACAGCGGGGGCAGCGCGGUGAGCUCCGCCUACCGGAGCGCCAGCCGCCGCUCCUCCGGCAUCUCGCCCUGCUUCUCCAGCCGCCGCUCCAGCCAGGCCUCCCAGCCCGAGGCCGGCCACCACGGCCACCCGCGGCGCCACAACCUCAGCGCCACCGACUCCUACGACCCCAUCUCCACCGACGCCUCGCGCCGCUCCAGCGAGGCCAGCCAGUGCGGGGGAGGCGGGCCGGGGGGCGCCCUCACCCUCACCCCCGCCCAGCACUACCGCCUGAAGGCCAAGUACGCGGCCGCGACUGGAGGUGCUCCCCCGACACCGUUGCCUAGUAUGGAAAGGAUGAGCCUGAGGACUCGCAUGGCCAUGAUGGGGGACUGCCAGGACACCGUUCAACAUGCACUGCCCCCGCUGGCGGGGAGGACUCAUCGCGGCAGCUUUGGGAGAAAUGAGGUCUGUGGUGCAUUCCCUCAAGAGGUCAUGGGUAAUUCUCUGAGGAGGGCCAGCGACCCAGUCCGGACUCAAAACCACGACCCCCUCAACCUGCCCAGGGUGCAGCGUUUCAACAGCCUCCACGACCUGAACCCCCUGCCCCCGCUUCCAACUCACCACCUCCCCAUGGAGGGUAGAGGCCCGAGCCUUCAGGGGUACAUGCGCUUCAACGGGAACCCCCAGCCAGGCCCUCCCCCGGCCCAUCCAGAGAGCAUCAGGGAAAACACGGAAAUGGAGACCCUUGCAGUCAAGCAGAGAGGAGGAGCAGAGGUGAUCGGGGUCCCUCUGCUCGGGGAGGAGGACAUGCUGCCCGAUGACGUGGUGCAGUACCUCGUUUCUCAGAGCCAGGGAGGGACGUACGGAACAGCCUCCGCCGGUACGUCUAGGAGCAGGAACCCUAACGGGAUGCCAUUGGGUCAGCCGUACCAAAGCUCGGGACGGCAGGCGCAGGUCGGCGACUCCGGUGUGGAGGCCAUGCCCGUGCAGUGGAACGAGGUGAGCUCAGGGAGUGCAGACAGGUCACCCGAGAUGUGGAGCCAGAGCGCCGGCAGCCCUUUCAGCGCAUUUGGCAACAUGAUGGUACAACAGCAGCAGCAGCAGCUACCGCCAAUGCCCAUGGAGGUCCAGCAUCCAUAUUCCCACCUCCAGAGUGACUUCCAGGAGGUUAACGUUGACAGAAGUUUCACUGAUCACUGCUGCAAGCAGGAGACAGAGGCAGUUACCCGAAAUCCAUGCAGAGCCGCCUCCUUAGAGGUUUCCCAUGAGAUGCAAAUGAGUAAUCCGUCCAUGCACCAGGUAGCCCAGACCAUUUCCCAAGUGCCCAUGGGUCUGAUGCGGUCGGCCUGUCCAGGUCCACCUCAAUUCACCAAACCUCAAGCCAGCUUUCAGGAGAACCAUUCUGCACACAGGCUAUUUCACAGCAACCCAUUGCUCCCAGAGGCUGGAUCACAAGACCCUGCCACACACAUCCACUUCCAGGGAGUAUCCACACAGCAGCAGCCCAGUGGAGCCUACAGGAUCUUAGCCAGACAGCAGGGCUACCCGACCAUGAGGAGUACUGGCAGUAACCCCACUCUCAGCCAGCAGCAGGGAUUGAGCCUAGCGGGAGCAAGGAGUGGGAGUACGACUAACGACUUGCACACCAGUCAGUUGAACCUGAAGAUGGAGGAUCGUCCCCAGGCUGGCCCCUCAACCCAGCUGCAGUUGGGCUUCCUCAGCCAGGGUUUCCAUCACCUCCAUGCCUCGUCCUCCCAACUGCCCUCCUUCUCCAGUUCCCAUGGCAACAUCCCACCCACCGCCACCAACAACCCCGCCCUGCCCUCUCCGGGGAACGGCCGGGUGACUAGCACGGCAGAGGACGCCGCUGCAGGUCCCUCGAAUGGUGCGGCGCUUGAAUUCGACGCCGUCUUAGACGAUGGGUACGAACGCGGUAGUCUGUUCUCGGAGGUCCUGAGCCCCCGUAUGUUCAGGAACCUCUCCCGGACUUCGUCCCGCCUCGCUGGCCCCCGUGCCUCUGUGGCCUUGCACAGCAUGCCUUCUGGAGUCAGCAACAUGGCCAUCGGCGACAUGAACUCUCUACUCACCACUCUUGCCCAGGAAAGCCAGUUUCUUGCUGCGAUGCAGUAGGUGCUCGGCAGAUUGUGCAUCUGCAAAAAAGGGAAUGUGGAAGAGGAGAAAGGAAAAUGUUUUCGUUGUCGUUUUAAACUAAUCCCCUGAAAGCAGGGGGGGCACAAGACCUGUGUAUUUCCAUUUUAUGGAAUUAAGGCUGUAUUCUGGCCCUUAUUUUAUAUUGUUUUAUAAUAAUAAUAAAUUGAAGAAGGUCCUUCAACCCAGUUAGACUAAAGCAGAGUUCUGCAAUGUUGACGUUUACUUGCCAAGACUGUUGGCAUGAAUGUGCAAAUGCAUUCAAUAUCAAGGUCAAAUUUAAACUGGUUUUUUGCUUUGUCAGCACCUUGAAGGGCAGGAAGUUGUCCUCAUGUCAACGGGU